GGUACCAUCAGACGAAACAUCUUCGUGUGUGGGUUAAAUCACAGCGAAAGCCAGUGUAAGCUUGCUUUAGUUUUACAAAAACUAAAGAUGUCUUCUACAAGUAGCAGUCGUCUUUGUAACUGCUUCCGUUCGAUGUGGACUUCAACAGUGCAGUGUAUUGUGUCACAGGAUGAGAGUGUUAGGCGGAGACGACGCUUGUUGUUGGGGAUUGUUGUUUUACUGAUGGUGGACGUUCUUUGGGUUGGCUCGUCAGAACUGACAGAUGUGAGAACAAAUUUAAUACUACUUAUUACCACUCUAUUACCAGAUAGCGUACGAAAAUUACCUCCAAAUACUUAAAAGGAAACCUUUUCAUCAGAACAUUACAAUAAAAAUUAAUAAAUGGUUUGCAACCAUAUCAUCUGGCAAGGCUGCUAUGUUGGUGAUCAAUACAAAAUACAUAUAUUUUUUACACAGAAUUUGCAUGAGAACGGGGUUUAAAGUUUCCAGUAGAGAGAAAUGCUUUUGUUAUUGACCACCAAGAUGUUUACCAUGAUGUCGUCACAUGUAAACCAGCUGAUUUGGUUGCUUUUAUCAGGAGCGGACCAUUAAUGAGAAAAGUUAUGGGAGGGAUUGGGAAGUUUUUGAGCUGCAUCAUUUUUUUGUUAACAUGUCCAUUAUUUCUUUAGUCUUUUUUCCCUUGAAUUAAUUUUGCAUGUGUGUUCUUGUAAUCCUCUCCACCCCACCCCAUCCCACCUCCUCCCAUAGCUUUUCUAAUGGUCUGCCUAAUAAGUAGAAGUAUCCAUGGCAAGAAGCUGGUUGGACUGUGCAAAUAACUAAUAAAUAAUCCAUUUUUAUUGAGUUGGUUGGGGUUAGAUUAUGUCCUCAAUACAGGCUACCAACCACACAACCUCUCUACCUUUCCAAAAACAAAUCUGACCCCUUUGCAGUGGCAUUUUCAAACCAAACUAAGGCCCAAAGUCCUGAAAAAAAAAUUUUAGGAGACUCAAAAUUAUAACAACUUACCAUAUAUUGAUAAAAUAAAAGAUUAAAUUAAUAGCAAAAUAAAUGACUCUCUACCCCCUAAUGGUACCUACUACUUGUCAACUGUUUUAGUAACAUCUCUUGACACUCUCCCAGUAAACAGUGUUGAAAUAUCCGGGUGAAACAAAUUAAUGAAAACCAUCGGUUUCAUUUUAGUAACAAUGGUUAAACUCUGUUUGCCUGUGGCCUGCAGUCUUCAUUACUGUCUUUUGUUAAUUGUCAGAAUGAGCCAACUUUUGAAGAAAUGACAGAUGAAGACAUUUCAACCAGCCGAUCAGCUGAAGUAGCUAGUCGUUCCUUUGAAAUAAUUCCAAGUAAGUUAAAAACACAUGCCUUGGAGAGAGAUUUACCUAGUGCUCAGUAAUAGUCUGGGUUCCCUGUGACUCACAUCCAACAUUGUCAUUGUUUAAAUUUAAAGUAAAUUAAUGGUAACUUGUAAUCACAUGCAUGGCACACUAUCAACUGCAAAUACUUUGCAAAAUCAGAUAACAAAAUUAGGUAAUUUUACAAGUGGUAAUCAAGCGAAAAAUAUUUUGAAUAUUGGUCACUUGCUUUAAUACACUCUUUAUCUUAACUAUAUAACAGGACCUAGGCGGGUGACAUUUAGCAGUGUGAGAGAAGUGCGGCAAUUAUCAGGUAAAUACGUGUAAUUUGGUUUAUUAGGGAGCUUUUUUUGGACAGUAUUUACAGCUCAGUCAUAAAACAUUUCCAUGUUUUGAAUGGAGCAAAUUUGCAUUUUUCAGACCAUAAUUCUGAAUAGGCAAGGUUGACUAGACUUCCUUACCACUUGGGUGAAGAUCAGAAACUUCCUGUCCAUCGUGUUGCUAAGGUUGCCUUGCUAUUCUGCUUACUGGUGAGUUGUGAGGCUUUUUUGAAGUAGUCUGGGGGGUGGGAUAGGGUGUGUGUGUGUGUGCGUUCACCCCUGCCUACUUACGGGGACGAGGAUAUGGAAACACACCAGAACUGUGGGGUCUGUUCAGUUACUGGGGACAUUUUGGGGUCCCCAGAAAAAAGACCCCUUAAAUCGGCUUUUUAUGGCUUCUAAACCAUAUAACUGGGGUCACUUCAGAGGUCCCCACAAGUUGGUAAAAAAUUAACACAAGUUGGGUCCCCAUAAGUCGGUAAAAUUUUUAAUCUUAGAGAAAAGUGUUGCUUUUUUGUGUAACAGAUUAAACAACCCCCCAGAAACCCUAACACCAUCACGCUUUUAGCGAGGAAAAAAGAAUAAUCGAAAACACUCGUCAUUUGUUCAUCAAUAAAUACACACUGCACAUACACACAAAUUAUUUAUUUCACAAAAUUCAUGAGUUAAGCCAAGUGAACAAGAUUAAUUUUAUCAAUAAGCAAAAAACAACACUAGUUACUUCCAUUCCUGCCCUCAAUCUCCUUUUUAAAAGGGCUUUUAGCUCAAAACAGUAUAAUAAAUCCCGUUUUGAAAUUAACUUGGAAUUCUACUGAUGCCUCAUUAGGGAGGGGGGGGGUUGGGAGGGUGGGCAUAUUUAAGACCAGAGUAUCCAACAUUCCGUUGAUGUUUGGCCUAAAUAUUUAAUAUUCUGUUAAUUUCCAAGAGCAAAAUUAAUUAAUAGCAUUAAUUUUUACCUAUUGCAAAUAUCUUCUAAUAUAGCCCCUCUACUGGGUUUCCACCAGGAGCCAUUAGGUAAUGGAGAACAAUCUCUCUGAAAAUACUGACUGAAAGAAGGACAAAGACAUUGGGAUAAUAUUGUUCUUCGCUCGUUUUUUUUUUUUUUGAACAAAACAAAACAAAAAUCAUGCCAGUCGCAAUCACAUAACAAUUCAGAUUUUGAAUCACUCACAAUUUCCUCUUUUUCAGAAACAAAAGUUCAGGACUUUUCGAGGACUCAGAAUAAUUUUUCCAGGACUCUUGUAUGUAUAUAUCAGCUACCUUGAAAUAAAG